UUGGUCUAAUUAAAAAUAAAAAUAACGCCCGGCGUUCUACAACGCACAUUUACUACUAAGUUCCUACCCUCCCCAUCUCUUCCCGUCUUGUUUCCAUCGCCCGAAAACCAUGUGUGCUGCGAACCGCUAUAGAUUUCGGGAACGUUUCGGACAAAAUUGAACCAAAAAUCAAUACAACAAUGUUAGGGUUUCUCACAAUCCCACACCAAUUGAAGGUUUCCCCAUCUUUCGCUUCAAUCUCAUCACCUUCUUCCCUCUUUCGUCCACUCUACAAAUUUCCUAUCCAUCACACAUUUUACAACUCCCAAUUUCUAAUUUCCAGUGACCACAGAAGAUUCACAGCGUUUGCGAGCAACAAGAACACUGAAUUUGGCGGAAGUAUAAAGGAAAGAGAAGGAGAAAGAAAUGGGGCAAACGGCUCCUCUAAUGGCGGCGAUGACUUGAAGAAAGAACGAGGGCCGGUUUUCAAUAUCAAAUGGGCUGAACUUUUGAUCGACCCGGAUCCUGAUAACAUCUUGGCCGUUGCGUUGACUGGUUUGCUUGCUUGGGCAAGUGUGCAGGUCUUGUGGCAGCUAUUCUUCAUCUCUUUGGCUAUUUUAGUGGCUGCUCUUAAGUAUUCUUUUAUUGCCGCGCUUCUUCUUUUCAUUCUAAUUACUUUACUUUAGAAGUGCAACAACAUUCUGUAUAGUCCCUUCACUUUUAUGCUUGAUUAAUUGGAUUUCCAUCGAAAUUCCAUGGCUUCGGUGAAUAAAUGUGUUUGUCUAGUGUUAUGAGAAAGCAAAACUGCAAAUACAGUAGGCUGUAGGUUUAUGUUAUGUCCUGAAUUUUGGUACCCCUUAGUCGGAGCAUAUGCAUUAACUA